CCCUAGCGGCGGCCCGUGCAGCGCUCCCGCGAGACGCUCACCUGCGGCCCAGCCAUUCACUGGGUAUGAAAUCCAGACUGGAAGCCCGAGUUAGAACACAGAACUUUCUCUUUGGGGAGAGAAGAGCACAACACACAGGGUUUUCUGGAUGCUUGGCCCCUCCUCCUCACAAGCCUCCCAGAAGCCAAAAGUCUGAAGCUCCUCAGAUCAGCCCAGGAGUUUGUCCCUGACUUCCUCCUGGCUUCUCUCCUGCAGGUGCCUGGCUGCAGCAAACCAUGCGCUGAGCCAUGCCCAGGCCUGGACAGCCCCGCCCAUCAUCUGGGCCUCCGCGCUUGGGGCCCUGGGAGCGGCCAGCAGAGCUAUGCCUGGAGACCAAUGACGAGCCCCCCCAGCCCCCACCAGGCCGCCGCGCCCGCAGGCCGGACCCCAAGGACCCGGGCCACCAUGGACCUGAGAGCAUCACCUUCAUCUCCGGCUCUGUGGAGCCCCCCUCGGAGCCGCCCACCUGCUGCCUGUUCUGGCGCCCCUGGGGGUGGGACUGGUGCCGGGCUGCCUCCUGCUUCCGCCGCUGCUGGGAUUGCCUUCAGCGCUGUGGGGCGUGUGUACGGGGCUGCAGUCCCUGCUUGUCUGCCGGGGACUCCCCCGAGGGAUCCGCCGAAACUAGCUGGGCCAAGGAGCCCAAUGGUGUGCCUCCCAGCCCGGACCGCGCGCCCCCCAGCCGCCGGGAUGGCCAGCGGCUCAAGUCCACGAUGGGAAGCAGCUUCAGCUACCCCGAUGUCAAGCUCAAGGGCAUCCCGGUCUACCCCUACCGCCGCUCCACCUCCCCAGCCCCCGACGCGGACUCCUGCUGCAAGGAGCACCUGCCCGCCGAGCCCCCUCUCCUGCGGCACAGCCUGCCCAGCACGCUGACCAGCAGCCCCCGUGGCUCCGAGGAGUACUACUCUUUCCAUGAGUCGGACCUGGACUUGCCCGAGAUGGGCAGCGGCUCCAUGUCAAGCCGAGAGAUCGACGUGCUCAUCUUCAAGAAGCUGACCGAGCUGUUCAGCGUGCACCAGAUCGACGAGCUGGCCAAGUGCACCUCCGACACGGUGUUCCUGGAGAAGACCAGCAAGAUCUCGGACCUGAUCAGCAGCAUCACGCAGGACUACCACCUGGACGAGCAGGACGCGGAGGGCCGCCUGGUGCGCGGCAUCAUCCGCAUCAGCACGCGAAAGAGCCGCUCCCGCCCGCAGACCUCAGAGGGUCGUUCGGCCCGGGCUGUGGCCCCCACUGCCGCCGCCCCUGACAGCGGCCACGAGACCAUGGUGUGCUCCGGUCUCAGCCAGGAUGAACUGACAGUGCAGAUCUCCCAGGAGACUACAGCAGAUGCCAUCGCCCGGAAGUUGAGGCCAUAUGGAGCCCCAGGGUACCCAGCCAGCCCCGACUCCUCCUUCCAGGGCACCGACACAGACUCAUCUGGGGCACCUCUGCUACAGGUGUACUGCUAACCUCUGCUGGGCCCAGCCCUUCCUGGGAGAAGCCUGCAGAGCAGAGGAGCUAGGACCCCCUUUGAGGGAGGUUGCACCGUGAGCCUAGAAGCUAUGCUCACCUUGGCUCUUCCUCCUUUGGCUGACUGGUUCCUGAACCACACGCAUUUCACAGGGCCAUGGAACCCAUCUCCAUCUCCAACUGGCCUGACCCCUGCCUAGGCCUGUUCCUUCCUGUGGCCUGAUCAUGGAAAGCAAGGACUUGGGAGCUACCUUUUGGGAUUAAAUCCCUACUCCUUCCGCACGUCACUCUAAGCAAGCAUAGAAACUUAAGCGGGCAGGGUUGGGGUGGCAGGGCUUCUCUGGAAUUCUAUGGGCAGUGCCCAUUCCUUGUUGUAUUCUGUUGAAGUUUGUUCUGGUUCUUGGUUGUUGUUCUACAUGUUAACAUGACCAUAGUUGCAAGUACAGA